UAAAUGUACCUAGAGUCCCAUAUAAAAGUUCCCUCCCUCCUCCAUCGCAAAUCCGCAAUCGCCAUCACGCACGACAUAGCCUCUCCUUACCGACAUCUUGAUCGCUAUCGCGCAACAGCCAACAUGUCGUGGAGAAGCCAGGGAAUCACGGGCUCCAACAACAUCCCGUUGGGAAAGCGCCGUUUUGGCGGCGAGGAUGAGGAGUACCCCGAAGCUCCUCCCCCCCCUAGCAAUGACUAUGGCAACGGCAUCAACAACGACAACGGCAGCGGCAACGGCGAGUUGAAGCGCGGUCGCAGCCCUGAGCCACGUUCCGAUGCCGAUGGCCCUCGUCGCAGAAAGAAGAGAAACCGUUGGGGUGACGCGUCGGAGAACAAGGCUGCUGGAUUGAUGGGCUUGACCACCGCCAUCACGGCCAACAUGACCGGCGAGCAGCUGGAGGCCUACACUCUUCAUCUUCGCAUCACGGAAAUCAGCCAGAAGCUUCGUAUUGACGACGUCGUCCCCGCCGAUGGAGACAGAUCUCCCUCUCCUCCCCCCCAGUACGACAACCACGGUCGCCGUAUCAACACCCGCGAGUACCGCUACCGCAAGCGCCUCGAGGACGAGCGUCACAAGCUCAUCGAGAAGGCCAUGAAGACCAUCCCUAACUACCACCCGCCACAGGAUUACCGCAGGCCCACCAAGACCCAGGAGAAGGUCUACGUGCCUGUUAACGAUUAUCCAGAGAUUAACUUCAUCGGCUUGCUCAUCGGACCUCGUGGCAAUACUCUGAAGAAGAUGGAGGGAGAAUCGGGCGCCAAGAUUGCCAUUCGUGGCAAGGGCUCCGUCAAAGAGGGAAAAGGCCGGUCGGACGCAGCUCACGCCAGCAACCAGGAGGAAGACCUUCACUGCCUCAUCAUGGCGGAGACGGAAGAAAAGGUCAACAAGGCCAAAAAGCUCAUUCACAAUAUUAUUGAGACGGCUGCUUCCAUCCCCGAAGGCCAGAACGAGCUCAAGCGUAACCAGCUUCGUGAGCUCGCAGCUCUCAACGGAACUCUCCGUGACGACGAAAACCAGGCCUGCCAGAACUGCGGUCAGAUCGGCCAUCGCAAGUACGACUGUCCCGAGCGACAGAACUACACCGCCAGCAUCAUCUGCCGUGUCUGUGGCAAUGCCGGACACAUGGCCAGAGACUGUCCCGACCGACAAAAGGGUGCCAGCUGGCGCAACGACGGUGCAGGCAGUGGCAGAGGUCCCGCUGGCCGCCUCGGAAGCGGAGACGCUGUCGAUCGCGAGUACGAGCAACUCAUGCAAGAACUUGGCGGCGGCUCUGCCAGCGGUGCUGCUCCCGCACGCAUUGAGGCCGGCCCUGGUUCCUUCAACAACGGUCCCAGCGGUGGCGGUGAUGCGAAGCCUUGGCAACGUGGCCCGACCGGUGGCCCCGCCCCCUGGCGCAGCCGUAACAACGACUCGCGUGAUGAUCGUGACCGCGACCGCGACCGCGACGGCGGCGACGGCGGCGGUGGCGGAGGUGGUGGAGGUGGCGGUGCCGCUCCAUGGGCCCGCGACCGCAACCGCCGCGACGAUCAUGCUGGUGGUGACAGCUACUACGGCGGUGGUGGCGGCGGCCAGGGCUAUGGUGGUCAGCCAUCUGCCCCCGCCGCUCCAGGUGCCGCCCCGUGGCAUCAACCUCCUGGAACCCAGAACGGCUACGCUGCCUACGGUGGCUACCCCGGAUACGGUGCUCCCCCUGGCAUGGCCGCGCCUCCUCCGAACAUGCCCCCUCCUCCGCCUGGUGCUCCUGGCCUCGGAGCUCCUCCAGGCCUGGCGGCGAGCGGUAUCCAUGCCCUGAUUCAGCAAUACGCCGGCGAUGCCCCCCCGCCGCCUCCUUCGGACAAUGCGCCUCCUCCUCCCCCCAGCGACCAACCUCCCCCACCUCCCCCUGGCGCCUGAUUCAGAUUCUAGAGUUUGGGUAGAUGGGUCUCAGGACUAACAUGCAUUUUGAACGUGUGCUUGCCUGCGUCCGUAUACGUUGACCACUAACGAUCAACUAACAACCAAGGAUUCAUUCAAUGACUUCCAGGGUUGGACAAGUGUUCGCACCUACGAAACAGCGCGUUCACUGCCGAACUGCUUUGCUGGGCAAACAGGGAUAGACCGGGUGUAUCCCAUAACUCGAAAGCAGGGGCUUGAAACAGCAGACAGCGCAAGCAGAUUGUACGAUAGACGGAGAAUCUAGUGGUGACUAAUCCAUAGGCUUUCUUUAUGCAGUAAAUGUAGCAAGAAGAAGUUGAUCCUAAA